GGCUCUCAGUCAGUCGAGCAGGAGAGCCGCUUAAUCAAAUCAAAGCCAGGCAGGUUUAAAUUAGUCGUUGGCGGUUUUACUUUAUUUAAAUGUCACAUUCGGUCUAAUAAUUUCAGGGAAUAGUUAUGUGGAAUUCAUUUUUCUUUUCAACAAUGUUUUUCAAGAUACUAAAGUUUCCAGCUGGUCUGUUUUUGUUUAUCUAUCACGAGAGCAACCAGACAUCGCCAGCAACAAAGCGACAUUUGUGAACUGUAGUAGUUUUGUCUUCUUCAUAUGUGUUUUUAAACGAAGUAUGCGUGGUUUCUGUAAUGUGGUGAGAGUGGUAUUUAAAUGUAACUCUAACUAGCUAAUCGGUAAGAUAUCUUAUUAUGAUCUAGUGACAUAUGGGCAGUGUAUGCUGGAAAACCAAUAAGUUACUGUAUUUGUUUUUCGUCACUUUUAAAAAAUGAAAUAAUGCCCGUGCUUGUUCUUUUACACCUGCAUGUGUAUUUGUGUGUGUUUUAGCUUUUAUCGAGUUCCAAAAGCAGGUUUAGCUCUUCUGGUCAUGGCUAAAGACCCGUUGGGCGAAGCUGGUCUUCAUUUCGAUGAACUCAACAAACUACGAGUCCUCGAGCCUGAUGUGAGCCACAAAACCAUUGUGCUCAAAGAGGAAUGUGAGGAGUUUGUUGACAAGAUAGGCCAGUUUCAGAAAAUUGUAGGUGUACUCAUUGAACUUGUGGAUGAGCUAGCAAAGGAAGCCGAAACUGAAAAAAUUAAGGCCAUAGGUGCAAGAAAUUUACUGAAAUCGGUUGAAAAGCAACGGGAGGCUCAGCAGCAGCAGCUUCAGGCUCUGAUUGGAGAAAAGAAAAUGCAGUUGGAAAGGUAUCAAAUAGAAUAUGAAGCCCUUCAAAAAGUCGAAGCAGAGCAGAGUGAAUUCAUUAAUCAGUAUAUACUGCAGAAAUAAUAAGAGUGCUUUAUUUCCUCUUUCUGUUGGACAAGAAAAGUGAUGCAAUGCAUCUUGAUUUACAAUGACUUUCUAAUAAGUGAAGGGUUAACUGUGUUAACUGAAUCAACCAGUUAAUAGGUGACAACAGACAUCUGUUCAGCCUCCGACUCUGUGGUGUUAACACACUGAUAUUUCAUGACCAGUUCAAGGAAGCGCAUACUUGUAAUCUAUCCAACCAUAGAUCGUAAUCUCAAAUUAAAACUAUUUAUAUACAAAAUGUUAUUUAUACUAUAUAUAUGUAAAUUUGUUUGUAAAACAUUUUUAUUUUACCAUGGGAAAAUACAGUAUUUGCAUGUCACUGUAAAUAAUUCCAUCAUGAGACAUCAUCAGGUAAAUAGUUUAUUUUUUGUAUGAUUUGUAUUUUAACUGCUGUUUGUGACUUGAACUCAUUCAGUGAGGCAUUUUAAUUGUCUGCUCAUGGGCCCACAACCAAAAUAUUUUUUCUGUAGAAGUUUAGGAAAACUAUUUAAAACAAAAUUAAUUUAUUGUUUGUUUACAUUUACCAUUUACAUCAUCGAGUGUGUAACCUCAAUAUGCGACAAACUUCAUACAGAUCUGAAGAACAUUUGAAUAAAAAUAUAUUUUGCAUUAA